AUGUCUUCAGAAUAUAUAGGAGCAAUUGAUCAGGGAACUACAAGUAGUCGGUUUUUUAUAUUUGACAAAAAUGGUUGUAUUGCAUCUCUUUAUCAACAUGAAUUUCCACAAAUUUAUUCUUCUCCUGGUUGGAUUGAACAUAAUCCUAUGGAAAUUUUAAACUCUGUUAAGAUAUGUAUUGAAAAAGCAAUAGGAGAAUUUGUGAAGAAAGGUAAAAGCAUUAGGUUAAUUAAGGCUGUUGGUAUUGCAAAUCAGCGAGAAACAACGGUUGUUUGGGAUAAGACUACUGGAAUACCUCUAUAUAAUGCAAUUGUAUGGUCAGAUACUCGUACUACGGAAACUGUUUAUCAAUUAAAACAAAAAGAAUAUGCAUCUGAAAUUCACGAAAAAUGUGGUCUUCCUAUUUCCACAUAUUUUUCUGCUGUUAAGCUUCGUUGGUUACUUGAUAAUGUUAAAGAUGUUCGAGAUGUUUAUGAUCAAGGAAAUCUUGCUUUUGGGACUAUUGAUUCUUGGUUGAUAUACAAUCUUACUGGCGGUAUAAAUGGUGGUAUUCAUAUCACCGAUGUUACUAAUAGUUCUCGCACAAUGUUGUUAAAUAUAAGAACUUUAAAAUAUGAUGAUUUUCUUAUUAAGUUUUUUGGUUUAGAAAAGCUUCAGCUUCCUGAGAUUAGGUCUUCUUCUGAAAUUUAUGCUGUAAUUUCUUCUGGCCCACUUUUAGGAAUACCGCUUGCAGGAUGUUUAGGUGAUCAGUCUGCCUCUUUGGUAGGCCAUUUAGCAUUUGCUCCAGGUUCUGCUAAAAAUACUUAUGGGACUGGUUGUUUUUUGCUUUAUAAUACUGGUCAAAAUCCGACUAUUUCAAAAAAUGGUUUGUUAACAACUGUUGGCUAUGUCUUCAAAGGAAUGCAGCCUGUUUAUGCUUUAGAGGGCUCAAUUGCCGUAGCAGGGAGUGCUAUAAAAUGGUAUCGUGAUCAGAUGGGAAUUAUUGCUACUGCAUCUGAGAUUGAUGAAAUGGCUGCAUCUGUAGAAGAUAGUGCAGGUGUUGUUUUUGUCACUGCUUUUUCUGGCCUUUUUGCUCCAUAUUGGUGUUAUGAUGCUCGUGGUACUUUAUUUGGUAUUACUAAUUAUACUACUAAGGAACAUAUUGCACGUUCAAUAUUAGAAGCUAUUUGUUUUCAGACUAAAGCAAUCUUGGAUGCAAUGGAAAAGGAUUCUGGAAACUCUCUAAAUAGUCUUAAAGUUGAUGGUGGGAUAACUAAUUCUGACAUCUGUAUGCAGAUUCAAUCUGAUCUUAUUGGUAUUGAUGUAAAUAGACCUGAGAUGCGUGAAGUUACUGCAUUAGGGGCUGCUAUUGCUGCUGGUCUUUCUGUUGGUAUUUGGGAAGAUAUAAAAGGAUUAGAAAGUAUUGGUUUGGGUAAAACAACCGUUUUUUCGCCAAAAAUUAGUGAUGGUAAACGAGAACAAAUGAUUUCUUUGUGGGAAAAAGCUGUUCAGAAAUCAUUAGGAUGGAAAACUAAUGAUUCAUAA